AUGAAUGAACACUUAAAUGGAGAAAAUAAUCUUUCAAUUAAUUUGGAAAUUAAUAAUGAACGUUUAGAAGAUAAACAGAAAGGGUUUAUAAGAUUAAAUCAAUCCAAUUAUCCAUUGUCAUAUCCAUUAUUUUGUUUUCAUUUACAAACAAUUGGAGGAAAGCCGUAUAGAUUAAUAUUAACAAUUAUAAUAUUAUUAGUAAUUGUAGUAAUACACUCAUCAUUUACUUUACGUUGGAUAAUAGAAGAGACACAUGAAUUAAUGAUUAUUCCGAGUGUGAUAUUAAUUACCUGUGUAAUUAUAUCUCUUUUUAGAACCGCAUUUAUUAAUCCUGGAAUAUUACCUAGGAAAGUUUAUGGUAUUGGAAAGAAUCCUCAAUUAGUUAAUACUGAAUCACGUUCAAUUAAAAUGUUUGAAAAUAAAGAAGUAACAUUAUAUUAUUGUAGAACUUGUUUUUUUAAGAAACCACCAAGAACAAUUCAUUGUAGAAUUUGUAAUAAUUGUAUAGAACAUUUUGACCAUCAUUGUCCUUGGGUAGGAAAUUGUAUUGGAAGAAGAAAUUAUAGAAUUUUUUAUCAAUUUUUAAUACUUUCAUUUAUUUAUUUAUUAUAUGUAGAAAUAUCAUCAUUGCUUGCAUGUUUUUUAAUGAUAGAACGUCCUUAUUCACUUAUUCAUGUGAAAGAAGGAUUUUCAGAACAUUAUUAUUUAGAACCUAUUCUUUGUGUUUUUAGUUUACCUUUUUUUCUCUUUGUUACUAACUUAUUAUGUAUGCAUACUUAUUUCAUUUCUACUGGUACUACUACGAAUGAAAGUAUUAAAAAAUUACCUAAAAUUUAUUCCCUUGGAUUUCUUCUUAAUUGGAAGAAUUUCUUAUUUUCUCCUAUUCCUCCUGUUUAUUUACAACAAAAAAGAACCAAAUUUGACAAACAUCAUAUUACUACUCAACAAGAACGCUCAACAUUCUCUACGUUAUAA